AUGACCGGCGCAUACUCCGACGAUAAUUACCGGCGCAUAUGGCGCCGGAAUUGGGACGUCUUUCGACGUCGAAAACGAUACAUUUUUUCGCCGGUAGUUCGUCGGAAAGUGCGCCGGAGAUAUUUCCGACGCAAAAUUCGCGCCGGAAAUAAUUUAUCGACGCAUCCAAAACUGGCGUAUGAUUUUCCACCGAAACGUGCGUCAGAAACUUAUAUUUCCGUCAGAAUAUCUAUGUUUUCCGGCGGAUUUCGUUCGCCGAUAAUAAGGGUAAUCGAGGUGCUCGAGAUCAUUAAAGAAGAAGGGGUAAAUGAUCAACAAUCUGUUGAAGCAGGCACUUUGAUUGAUGUGAUGGAGUCAUUUGAUUUCAUUUUCACAAUGCAUUUGAUGAUUGAUAUCUUGGGAAUUACGAAUGAGUUAUCACAAUCACUACAAAGAAAAGACCAGGACAUUGAAAAUGCAAUGAAAUUGAUGUAUGAAACAUACAAAACACGUCGUCGAACAGUACGAAGAGGUGAAGAAAUAACAAACUUACAUCAUUAUCGUGUUGAGCUAUUCUAUAUUGUAGUUGACAUGCAACUUCAAGAGAUAAAUAAUCGCUUUUCCGAAUCUAGCACUGAAUUGCUUCUUUGUGUGGCAUGCUUAAAUCCAACUGAUACCUUCCAAGCUUAUGAUGAGAGGAAAUUGAUACGUUUAGCUGAGUUAUAUUCAAAUGAUUUCUCUACAUUUGAUCUUGUGGCUCUUAAAAGUCAAUUAUCAACUUAUAUUAUUGAUAUGCGUACCAGUACUGAGUUCUCCUCUCUAAACAGUAUUGCCUAUCUUUCAAAGCAAAUUGUUAAGUUCAAGAAGGAUGAUGUGUAUCCGCUGGUUUAUAGACUCAUUAUUUUAACAUUGACUUUACCAGUUGCUACCGCUACAGUGGAAAGAGCAUUUAUGCAAUGA